AUGAAAUCCUUUUCAAUUUUCUUCCUUCUCGUUGUCGUCUCUUUGGCUGUCGCCGCGGAGGCCCAAUCAGCCAAGCAACCCGUUAAUCGUUUGAAAUCCCGUAACCCGGCCGCCAUUUUAAAAGCGGAAAUGGCCAUUCGAUCGAUUCCAUCCAAAGGCAAAGCGUGUUUGGACCGAUUUUCAAUGGCGGCCAACGGGACUGUUCGUCCCACCAUUUCUAACUCCAUCAACGGGCAAAGGCAGUGCAGCUUCUUCAUAGACGCACCCGCCAAUAAGCUCAUCCAGAUGACCUGCUCGGUCGUCAGACUAAAUAGUUCGGGCGCUGAAUUAGUUAUUUACGGAGGUUCCGAAAUCAACGUUAAUCCGCCCGUACUAAAUCGCAUUUACACGUCAAGGAGCGACAGCAUGUUCCUGUUUUUCAGGGUCGACAAAACUGACUGGUUCGACUGCAAAUGGAAAAUGAUUCCCGUUCCACAAACAACUGAAUAUCAACUCUGUCGCGAUGGAACGUCCGCCACUCCCAACGGGACCAUCCAGCUAUCAGCGGACGAUACCAGCACAGAUCCGAGAAUGUGCAUGUUCGCCAUUACCGUUCCUUCGGACCACCGAAUUCAGUUGAUGUGCUCCAAUGUUACCCUCAGCAGUCCUGAAAACUUCUUACAGGUAAUACUUUGGCUAAUUAAACCAAAUCAUUUUCGUUUUACUGAUAAAAUUUUUCUUGCUGAAAUUAAAAAGGUCCAAACGAUUUCCGAAACUGUAUUAGCCGAUCCACCUGCAAUGAAUCGGGUCUACACUUCGACUAGCGAAAUCAUUUACCUGUUUUCUCACUUCAGCAAUCAAGACUCUUUCAAAUGCCAAUGGACGACGGUUAUGAUCCCACCACUGACAAAUGAUAACAAACUAUGUCGGGAGAAAAUCACGAAAUCUGCCAGCGGAAACAUUCAACCGUUAUUGGCAAGCGGCACAAAUGUUCAACCGAAUUCCUGUUCGUUUAUCAUCGAAGUGCCUCCCAAUCAAUUGACUGAGAUCUCUUGCCCGGUCAUCAAUUUCACUAGCCCAGGAAGUUAUUUGCAUUUCAGCGGAAUUUCCGAUUUAAACAUGGCUCUUACGCCUCUGGCCAACCGAGUCUACACUUCCGGCGUCGAUUUGAUUCAUUUGAAUUCUCAAAUUAAUGUCAAUAAAGAUUGGUUUAAUUGCACAUGGUCAGCUGUUCCGGCUCCAUCGACGACGGAUUUCAAACUCUGUCGCCAUGGAGGAACAACAUCGUCCAGUGGGACCCUCCAACCAUUUUUGGACGGUCUAACAACGGGAGAACCGAGAGAAUGUUAUUUCUUCAUUGAAUUGCCUUUGGAUGAACAAAUUGAGUUUUCGUGUUCAUCCAUUAACUUGUCAAGCCCCGGAAGUUAUUUGCGGGUCGUUGGUGUGUCUGAUUUUGACGAGAAUCCGCCCGUAGAAAACGGAAUUUAUUUGUCGAAUGGAACGAAAGUCCUUGUGUAUUCGCAAUUCAACAACGGCGAUUGGUUCGAUUGCAUUUGGGCGUCAACAACCUGCGCUGCUCCAGGGACGACAGACGCUGCAACUUCAACGGCAAGUACAACAGCAGUCACGACACCAGCGACUACCUCGUCGACAACUACCACCGCACAGCCAACAACCUCAACAACAAUGCCAUCAACUACGUCGACCACAACAUCUGCGCCAACAACAUCCACUACACCAUCCACUACACCAUCCACUACACCAUCUACAACGACUUCAACAACACCCCAAACAACAACGGUCUCAACCACCACCACCGCACAGCCAACCACCUCAACAACUAGACCAUCAACUACGUCGACCACAACAUCUGCGCCAACAACAUCCACUACGACUUCAGCUACACCCAAAACAACAACGAUUUCAACUACUACCACCGCAAAGCCAACCACCACAACAACAAGGCCAUCAACUACGUCGACACGGCCAACUACAACCAGUCGACCAACAACAACCAGUCGACCAACAACGACUACGGUCGAUCCUGUGACCUGCUCUCCUGAUGUCUGGACCAAAGGAACUCAAUCACCUUGCGGGACUUGUACGAUACUGUCGCCAACCAGCGGGACAAUCCAGUCUCUUAACUACCCCAAUGACUACACUGGUAGUUUGGACACCAACUGCAUGUAUUUCAUCACUGCACCACCGGGCAAGAGAAUCCAACUGACAUUCACCACGUUCGUCGUGGAACUAAAUUUGGACUAUAUCACUGCAAGUUGAUUUAAAUCUAGUUCAGAUUUGGUUGGGGUCCAUUUGAUUUUCAUAAGUGACAUUUUGUAUCUUUUUCAAGGUUCUUGACUGGAAAACCUCAAUGAUUCUAGGGAAAAGACUAACCGGUCACGCCGACCCUUCUCCCAGUGUGACUCCCAGUACGUCUAAUAUGAUAGGAGCUCUGUUCAUUGCGGAUGGGAGAAAUAAUAAUAACAUUCCGACCGCUUAUGGGCCUGGCAGAUGGCAGGCGACAUUCGAGGUGGUAUAAUUCAAAAACAACCAAGUUGUGACUUGGUCCACGGCCGAUUCGGCUAAGUUCCGCGUGGCCUUUUGAAAAAUGUUUUCGUGUGACUGUGUAUCAACGAAUCAAUAAUUGGCAAAAUAUAAUUCGGCUUCAAUUGGA